CGCGUUCUCCCGCUUUCUCACACCCACCUGCCCGCAAGCCACAGGUGCAGAAGCAGCGUGGGUUCUCUGUCACUUCCUCACUCUUCUCCUCCUCCCUCCGCCAUUAUCGCCGAUCAUCAUGCAGGCCGAGUACAAGUUCAACGCCAAGGACCCCAUGCGCGGCCCCGCCGCCGAACACCCACCGAACGCGCGCUCGACUACUACGAGCGCACCGACGAUGACAAGCUGAUGGCGCACGCGAGUCAGCUCCACCACCUCUCUAAGCCACGUUACCGCAGCUGCUUGACGGAGUUUACCAUCGUUGAGACACCUGAAGUGUCGUGCUUGGUCGACAGCGUUGACCCGUCGCCGGGCCUGUUGCGUUGCUCAGGCCACCAAGGUGCUAAACAGGCGGUAAAUGGCGUCGGGUAG